UCACGUGCCAACGCAAUCGCGCGCUACUGAGAAAUCGGAAGAGAGAGACCCAGUUCCACGCAUCACAUACUGUGGCUUUUGGAAACCCUAACUCCCACUCUCCCAUUCUCACUAGCUCUUCAAGCCAAGGUAACACAAGGAUAGGAAGGUUUUCCAAGUCCAAUUACAUAAUAAAGCAGAAUACAUAGCUUCCACCUAGUGAGAAAGUGAAAAGGGAAAAUGAGCGGCGCCGCCAAAAACAAUGGCACCAAUGUAGGAGCAGGAGGAGGUUUCAGGUCCAAAAUGGAUCACUUCCUCUACAGUGGGGACAAGAAGCACGUCGCGGCUGGCAUUGCUGUCUUUACUGUCAUCUUUGGCAUCCCUUGGUACUUCAUGAACCGAGGGUCAAAACAUCAGUCCCAUCAAGAUUACUUGGAAAAGGCUGAUAAAGCACGGAGUGAAAGACUUUCUUCAGGUUCAUCUUCUGCCAAAUGAUUCUUGAGAGCUUUCUGUUGAACUGGGGUGGCUUCCAGCUUGCAUUUUGACAGAUUUUGAUGAUAAAUCUAUUUGGGGUUGUGUCUCUUUCAGCCUUAUGUGCAGAAUGGCUUCUGUUAGUCCUUGUAGAACUCCCAAUUUGGGAUGAAUUUUGUUUCUUAUCAAUCCCCCCUCCCCCACACAAAAAAAAAAAAAGUCAACUCAGAUCAGAGCUCAAAAUUGUUUGGAGAUUUUUUUUUUUAAAAAAAAAAAAUCUGAAAAGGAUGCCUUUUGCUGCUUAAAUUCAAAAUUGUAUUGCUUCUAAUUUGGUUUGAUUUGCAAGUUGCAGUGUGUAGUAGUCGUAUGAACUAGGGAUAAUGUUUGACUUGUUAGUCAAGCAAUAUGACAUCUAGAUGCUGCUUCUUUUUUUAGC